UUAAGGCCUUGAUUGGGUCAAUAGGGACAGAGGUCCAAACCUUAGAUGCCACAGAGAGGCAUUUCAGAAAGAAAUCUGGGAGAAGCUCACCCACAAAAAGGAGAAAGACUUUUGUCUUGAGAAUGGCUGGUGUCUGCUUAUUAGUACACAUCAUUCUAAUGGCAGCUACUGUGCUGGAGGAGGGAGGAUGUAUCGGACCUCCAGGACUCCCAGGCCCUCCUGGCUAUGUGGGAUAUCCUGGUAUUCCAGGGCCUCCGGGUUUUAGGGGUAUCCCAGGAAGACCAGGAUUUGCAGGAGCAGCGGUACAAUGUCCCUGCAACAAGAAAUCAGCCUUCACUGCGAAGCUCAGUGGCAAGCUGCCGUCAUCUGCUGAGCCCGUCAACUUCACAGAGGUGCUGUACAAUGAUCAGAAAGACCUGAAGGAGGACACUGGGGUGUUCAUCUGCAGGGUACCCGGAAUUUACCAUUUUCAUCUCGAUGUCGAACUUCAGCACUGCAAGAUGACAGUUUGGCUGAAGACGAACCAAACUUCAGUCUUUGAAAAGCGUCAGGUCUCCACCCAGGAGGUCAGAAAUCUUUCUGGCACUGUGACCCUGCCUCUGAGCACAGGUGACAAGGCGUGGCUAGAAGCAGCAGUGGAAACCGAGGAGCCUGACCGAGCCAGUGUUACAAUCUAUUUCUCAGGUUUCCUGGCAUAGUUUUGGUCUCUGUAUAAGAAAGAUAAGCCCCUUGUGAUUCUGCUGCCUACAACAAACCAACAAAUAAAUAUUAUGCACCAUA